AUGGACAAGACACAAAACCCUAACCAGCAGAAAACUGGAGAUGCGAUGUCUCAUUCAUUUGGGGAAGGGUAUGCGACGAGGUCCGAUGAGGAAGGAUUUGGAGGUGUAUUUUCGGGAAACCAGUCUCUUCCGAAGACACAGCAGCAGGAUCAGCUGAUCCAUGAAAACCACCCUGCGUAUGACAAGACGCAGGGAAGCGAGGUGAAGGAGAAGGAGAAAGGAAGACACCAAACCCAGGCCAAUGCAUCAACAAACUAA